AUUUAUCAAGUCUACGGAAAUAAUUCAUAAGUACGUCAAUCGUAGUCUUGACCUGGCUUUCUCUGCUGGCUGAUGAUCACAUUGCAGAAAUAGAGCUUUUGCAAAACCAUGAUUAUGGCUACUACAUCUGCAUCGCCUGUAGACGUCAUGCCCAAGCUCGCUCAGCAGACGGCUUCAGUGCCAGAUCUGCAACAAACUCAACCUGAUGCAUCCUCUGCUACUCUUGCGCAGCGGACAAGGAAGGCUCGUUCCGUCCGACACGCCCGCAGGCGCAGAAGGGGAGAGGAGGAGGACAGCGAGGAUGAGAUUGUGCGAGACGCUGGGAGUGAAAGUGAAAGUGAGCGGGAAGAGUUGGUGGACAGCGAAGAAGAGAGUGAUGUGGACGAUGUCGAAGAACCCCCAACCUUGGUGCCGUCGGUGAAUGGGAAAGCCACGAUCAGCACGACUGUCGAGGUUGCUCCAUCCGAGUCCACCAUCCCCACGGCGACGAAAUGGUCGGAUAUGGUCACUUCGGAGCUUGAUGGAGGUGCCGAUGCGUCGCUGCCUAUCAUCGACUUCGCCGAGAUGGGAUCCGUCACCCCGAGCGCAAGUGCCGCCCCUGUCACGACAGCUCCUGUUCCGAAUGAAGUCGAAUCGGUAUCAGUCAAAGCCUCCGCGUCGACCAGUUCUGGCAAGACGUCGUCCAAAACCGGUCCAUCCGCGCGCCAAGCUUACCUUCAAAGACUCGAGAACGACCCCCAAUUCAUUCCACGCGUGGGCGCGUUCUGGGGCCAUGACGAUCGUCUGUUAGACAAGGGACUGCGCAGCAUGAGUCCAUGGUGGCGUGACCGACAGAUGGCUUUCCGCGCCCGAGGCGGAAUGGGUAGAGGGGGAUCUGAGGGCGGAUCUAGAGGUCGGGGUCGAGGAAGAGCAGGGGCUGCCUAUUACGGCGGCCGUGGGGAGGCGGAGGCUUCUCAUACACCUGUCCACGCACCAGCAACGGGCCCAGUGCCCGAUACCGAAGCUGUGCCCUCCGCUCUUGAAGCGUCAUUAGCAGUCCCUGUACCGGCUCCAGUUCCUCCCCCGCCACCGCCUGCCCACCCCAGUGAUCUACCCUGGGGACAUGAUGGGUAUGAAGAACUGAAGCGCACAGACGCAGAGCGUGCAGCCCGUGGUCGUGGUCGGGGCGGAUUCCGUGGUCGAGGCGCCGUGCGCGGUGCACCACCGGCUCGCGGUGGCCACGCCGUCCAUGGUGCGCCGCGCGCUGCAGUCGUAAGCACGACAAAUGCCCCCUCUUCGUUCAAGAACACCCGUGCGGAAAAGCCUUGGACCAAGGAUCUUGCUGUUCACCUUUACACAGAUCCUACCCUGCAGCCAAAGGACAACCAAGGUGCAGGUAUUCGACUAAAAUUUCCGGGGAGUCCCAAUGAAGGUGUCGUCGUACGUCUACCAGCAACCAUCUCCGAACCGGACAGGACCAGGUCACCAGCAAGUGCAAGUAGUGCGAUGAAAGGACCUAAAGUCAAGCUACCAAGCGUUCCGAAUCCACGAUCAUUGUCCGGCACCAUUUCCGUGGUCGAUAACGGUGACUUUGCUCAGACGGUAGGCAGUGGGCCACUCAGCACUCCGCCGUCCGGUAAUCUUGUGCUGGAGACUACGGCUGUUCCUGUUCCCAGUGCAACGACAGAACCUGUACCUGUGCCUGAGAUCGAUACGGUAACCAAGUUGGAGAAGCAAUUCCAGAACAUUGCCGUCCAGCAACAACAGGUUGCCCCUCAACCACAGUUCAAAGCGAUCAAUGGCUUUGAUCCGACUGCUUUGACAAAUGACAAGUCACUCGACAUACGUCCUACGCCUACCCAACAUCAAACACUGCCACCUCCGCACCUGCAAAUUUCGCCUCAGCCGUAUCCGCAAUACAGCUAUGGCGUGGCUUUACCGCCCGGUAUUGCAAUGGACGAGAAUGGUGUAUGCUUUGAGGUCGCCACUGGUCGCGUUGUGAUCCUUCAACAACCUACACCUUCCCCUAUCUACCAUCCGCGACCAACGGCACCCCUUCCUGGAUUUGUUCCGCAUCUACGACCAAUGCAGAAUCCCUCACCGGAAACAUUCACGCCUUCCCCCUUCUCCGAUGCUGUACAACCUGCUCUUCCGGAUGCCUACUUGUAUCCAGACCAGUCGGGGAUGCCAUAUUUCGCACAACGUCGGUCCUCUGGUCCUAUAUCUAUCCGCUCUCCGACGGAACCUCCAUCAACCGCCAAGCCAGCAUCGUCCGCUGGUCCUCCAUCGUCCUCUCUCCUUCGUGCUGCUGUGCAUGCUGCACCGUUCCAGCCAAACCGCUCCUUGGUCACCCCUCAGCCGAGUUCUUUCGUUCCCAGGGCUGGAUACUUCACCGGGUCGUAUGACGUCUCACCGGUACCUCUCACCGGACCAUCUGCGUUACCGGAUGAUCCCGCAAUAGUUGGCCGAGAUCUGACUUUAACGCAAUAUGCAACAUACUAUCCGCCAGAACAGAUGUAUGCCUACCCGCCAGGUGAGUAUGCUUACACCACUUACGGGUAUGAGGGUGCUGUUCCUGAAGGCUACGUGCCGCCUGCGGAUGGCCGAGGUCCAGCUGUGUACUAUUGAUCGAGGCUUUCCAGUUUCGUUUCAGCUACAUUCUCACCACUUUUUUGCGGUCCACCAUAUGCAUGUCUUGGUGUCCGAUGAAAAUCCUGCAAUACUUGUGUGUCCCAUGACAAUUGUCCUUCUGCAACUCAAGCUGUACUUCUUUUCGCUACCCUACCCUAUCCUAUCUUCCGUUCCAUCACGCCGUCUAACCCAUUCUGUUGUCGGUGUCGAAUCUGUACCAUGAUUGAUGUUUGUCCAAAAUUCGUACUUUGCACAAAUGAGAUUCUUUU